UCACCUGUGAGUCUGCAUCCUUAUCUCUCAUCUCAAUCCUCUAUAAAAACAAACAAAAAUCAAUGCACAUAUUUAGACUACCAAACAACCUGCUUCUGCUGCAAAAUCUAUAUUAUUUCUCUCAUCUAAUUUGCAUUCAUCAACAACAAUUCAUCAGGUUUUAUCGGAUUUGGAUGAGAUGAUGAGUAUGAAAGCUGUGAAAUUGUUGCUGCUGCUGUGUGUUAUCUGCUUCAGUGUGGUAUCUAAAACAGUGAUUUGUGAACCUCCGCCUACUUGUCCUGCUAAUCUUGAUGAUGGCGAAUGCGGGUCGGAAGAUUCAGGUGAAUGGGAAGGGGAGUUCUUCCCUGGCAUUCCCAAAAUUAAGUAUGAGGGACCGACUAGCAAGAAUCCACUUGCGUAUAAAUGGUACAAUCCCAACGAGGAGAUUCUUGGGAAGAAUAUGAAGGAUUGGCUGCGAUUUAGUGUUGCUUUUUGGCACACGUUUCGUGGAACCGGGGGUGACCCGUUUGGUGCGCCCACUAAGAUGUGGCCGUGGGAAGACGGUACUAAUUCUCUAGCCAUGGCUAAACGAAGAAUGAGGGCUAACUUUGAGUUUCUUGAAAAGCUCGGUGUGGACAGAUGGUGCUUUCAUGACAGAGACAUUGCUCCUGAUGCCGAAACAUUGGAGGAAACUAAUGCAAACCUGGAUGAAGUUGUAGCUCUUGCGAAAGAACUUCAGGGGACCAAGAUCCGUCCUUUAUGGGGCACAGCUCAGUUGUUUAUGCAUCCCCGCUAUAUGCAUGGUGGCGCCACCAGCCCUGAAAUCGGAGUCUAUGCAUACGCUGCAGCUCAAGUUAAGAAAGCAAUAGAGGUUACACAUUAUCUCGGGGGUGAGAAUUACGUCUUUUGGGGCGGUCGUGAAGGUUAUCAGACUCUUCUCAACACUGAUAUGGAGAGAGAACUUGAUCAUAUGGCACGCUUUUUUGAAGCUGCUGUAGCUUAUAAAAAGAAGAUUGGAUUCAAUGGAACACUUCUUAUUGAGCCUAAGCCUCAAGAACCGACAAAGCACCAAUAUGAUUGGGAUGCUGCCACAUCAGCUAAUUUCUUACGAAAAUAUGGACUUAUAGGAGAAUUCAAAUUGAAUAUUGAAUGCAACCAUGCUACUCUAUCUGGGCACAGUUGCCAUCAUGAGCUUGAAACUGCAAGAAUCAAUGGGUUACUAGGUAAUGUUGAUGCAAACACCGGUGACCCUCAAGUAGGUUGGGACACAGAUCAGUUUUUGAUGGAUGUUAAUGAAGCCACUUUGGUUAUGCUUAGUGUUAUCAGAAACGGUGGACUUUCGCCUGGCGGGUUCAAUUUUGAUGCCAAAUUACGAAGGGAGAGUACAGACGUUGAGGACAUAUUUAUUGCUCAUAUAGGUGGAAUGGAUACACUUGCACGCGGCCUUCGUAAUGCUGCAAAGCUGAUUGAGGAUGGUUCUUUGGAUAAGCUCGUUCGCAAGAGAUAUCAGAGCUUUGAUACAGAGCUCGGUGCCCAAAUUGAGGCUGGAAAAGUUGAUUUUGAAUUGCUAGAAAAGAAAGCUAUGGAAUGGGGAGAACCGGAAGUUCCUUCUGGCAAACAGGAACUUGCGGAGAUGCUCUUCCAAUCUGCAAUGUAGGUUAGAUUUUGACUAGAAAUUAGUAGGUUAAGACGGUGAAAUAAGGCGUUUUCGUGCAGUGCUUCUGUAUAUUUGGUCUCUUCUAAGAUUCUUGCAAAGUAUGAAUGUUUUAUUUGACUAGUGUGUUGGUUAGCCUUUGGCGAGGAUGUUUCUAUUUGAAUGCAAAUCCUGGCUAGCCACUUCCUUCA